UAAAGAAUAGAAAAAUGAAGAGAAAAGGUUACAUUACAGCUAUACACAGCAUAACCCUAGGUCAGAAAACAAGAAGCUAAAAAGACAAACAUCAGAGUCUCUCACCAAGGGCUGUCCACAGCAGAUCAGCGCUGGUCAAUGUGCUCUCACCGCUGGCUGCCAACACACACCGCACUGAGCCGCCGGUCACUGGAGUCCCCAUUUCAGAGGCUGGGGCUGCCUAUUUGAGGCCGAGAGAAAGGAGGAAGAGAAGGAGAAAGAAAGAAUAAGAACAGGUGCAGCAGACGAACUCCAGCUGGAGUAACCUACUUCACCGCCUUCUUACCGGAAAAAACUUUGAAGAAAUUGUGUAAUUUGUGUUAUGCGGACCUGAACAAGGCAGAUAUAGAUUUGAACAAAUUGAUGUUUCAUGAAAAUCAUUUACAAGAGCACAUUCCAAACCUCCGAGUGCAGAAGUUCUGAACCACCCUCUGCAGUACAGAAAAACAAACUUGACAUUCUGUUGGAACCAGGGUGCAGUGCAAAUCUCAGUAGACAGUCGAAUUGGUACAAUGGCCCGGCACUCAAAGGUUCCAUUAAUGGAAGCCCCAGAUGGAGGAUGGGGCUGGAUGGUUGUGAUUAGCUGCUUCUUAGUGACUGUUUGCACAAGGGCAGUGUCCAGAUGCUUCUCCAUAUUUUUCGUGGAGUUCCAGAAUUAUUUUGCCCAAGACUACGCCAUGACAGCAUGGAUACACUCCACGGUUGACUGCACGACAAUGGUAUUUGCACCUGUUGGAAGUAUUAUUAGCAAUCGCUAUUCUACGAGAGUGUCAGUGAUUCUUGGAGGAAUAUUAGCUUCUGCCGGCCUCAUUCUCAGCUCAUUCGCUACCUGCUUGGAGUAUCUCUAUCUAUCUCUGGGAGUUGUCACUGGUUGUGGCUAUGCUUUAGCUUAUUCUCCUGCCAUAUCAAUAGUCGGCAAGUACUUCUGCAAGAAGAAAGCUGUGGCGUAUGGAUUGGCCAUGUCAGGAAGUGGGAUUGGGACUUUUGUUUUAGCUCCAGUAGUUCAGCUGCUGAUUGAACAGUACUCUUGGCGUGGGGCAUUACUCAUCCUUGGAGGCCUUGUGGCGAAUAUUUGUGUUUGUGGUGCUCUGUUGAGACCCCUCACCCUUGUCGAGGAGCUGUGCAGUUCCACCAUUAGUGACAUUGCCAGUGAGAAAAUCUCUGUGGAAUGCAGCCUUAAGGCACAAUGUGACGACCCUCAACUGCCCAGCCCUUCGGCAGAUUCGAACUUCAUUAGCAAAGAGAGGGCCGAAAGGCAGCUGUGCAGCUGUUGUCCGUCAUAUAAAGAAUAUGCCUUCCUGCUGACUCCGGACUUCCUUGUGUUUGCCGCAUCGCUGCUGUUCCUCGCCUAUGGCUGCAGCACUCCGUUUGUUCAUCUUGUACCAUAUGCAGUAAGCACUGGGGUAAGCCAACAGCAAGCAGCCUUCCUAAUGUCGAUACUAGGCAUCAUAAACAUUAUUGGCACCAUUUCAUUUGGCUGGAUAACGGACAGAAGGUUCUUGAAGAAGUAUCGGAAAUACUGUUACAUUUUGACAGUCGGCUUGGAUGGUCUCUGCUCUCUGUUCAUUCCCAUUCUGAGAUCCUUUCCACUCCUUGUUCCCUAUGCAGUUUUUUAUGGAUACUUUGACGGGGCUUACGUUGCUCUUAUCCCAGUGGUAACAUCCGAUAUAGCAGGGAAUAGGUUCCUGUCCUCUGCUCUGGGAAUAGUUUACUUUAUCCACGGGAUUCCCUAUCUAAUUGGGCCCCCAAUAGCAGGUUGGUUGGUGGAUACUACAGGAAGUUAUACAGCAGCCUUCCUCGUCAGUGGGCUGUCCAUGAUAAUCAGUUCUAUGCUGGUGGUUACUGCCAAUCAAAUAACCAAACACAGGAAUUCAGUUAACCUUCACAUCUCGGUCAUAGAGCCAGAUCCUAGCACUACAACUUUUCAGACUACAUCAAGUGAUCCAAUAUGAAAAACUGGAUUCAUUAGACAUUAAGAAAAUGCAGGCAAAAAAAAUUGCUGGCAUAUUUUUAAAAGGCUCUCAAAUUAUCAAAAUAUACGGGCAAUCAUUAUACUUGAGAAGCUAAUGAUAAAUACUUCUUUCAAUGCCAAAGUAUUUUCAUAUAUAUCCAUAUAUAUAAUAGUUUUUUUAAAAAAUGUUUUCUGUCUCUUUCAUUUGGCAAGUUCCUCUUGACUUGCUAACUGCAGAGUCGCUGGUUUGUACCAAUACUUCUCUUCAAUACAAAGGGCUUGUGUGUGGACAUAUGACUCCUAAUAAUGUAUCAGUGAUUGUAUAUGUGGCCAGUGUCAGUCAUAAAUCUCAUACCUCAUAAUGACACAAGCUCAAUUGAAAUUUUUAAGAUUGUGAUCCAUAGAUUUUCUUUAAUUAUGUCUAUCAAAAGAUAUGGAAUAAAGACAGGGACAUUAGUUUAAGCGCCGAUCAGCCAGGAUUUGGUUGAUUGUUAGUAGAAAAAGCCUCUGAAGUUGAACUUCUUCCAUUUAAUUUAAGGAUGAUAUACUGUAUAUAGACUCCUGAAGAGAGGUAGGAAUCAUGCAAGCAUACAGUUUUCUCGUUUUUCUAAUCUGUUCAUCCAUUAAUUAAGCCAACAACCCUACAUGCUUUUUGAGCAGUCUCUGUCCUGCUACCUUUCUGAAGAUUUUCAUAUCCUUUUGAGUUGUUAUAUCUCAUUCAUACUGCCUUUUCUCACGCUCUAUCAAAAUGUAUCGUGUGCUGUCCAUUUCAUCACCCUAUCCUUAACCUUCUGGAGUUUGUUAUAAUCCCCUUAAUUCUUUAUCAUAAUUCCACAUUUUGUAUGAUCUACAAAUUUUGAAAUGCUGGCCGUGAUAUCUAGUCCAUAUCAUUGACGUAUAUCAAAGAGAAAUAGUUUUAACACUGAUCACAGUGAAACACUGUGAUUCACUAUCCUUGAGUGUGAAGACCAGCUAUCCAUCACCACAUUGGUGAGACCUACCAUCGACUGAGUGACUGCUUUGUGGACUGCAGUGUUAACAAGAAUGACUCCAUCCUUUCAGCUGCUUGCUAUUUCAAUGCUCCACCUUGCUCUCGUUCUAAUAUUUCUCUCCUAGACUGGAGUGGUCAAGGCAAGGUGGAGGAAGAGGAUCUCAUUUUCCACUUCUGAACUCAACAUCGAGUUCAGCAAUUUCAGACCAUGAACUCUGCCCCCACUCCCUUUUGGAUUACCCCAUUACCCUCAUCAACACUCUCUGCUACCUCAUCAAAUCAAGUUAGUGAAACAAAAUUCAUCUUUAACUAAUCCAGACCAAGUUCAUUUAGUAGCCCAUUUCCAAAUGCCAAGUAAUUUGCCUUGAAUUCUUGUGUAAGGUUUUGUUAUGGACCAGACCAAACUCCCUCAAAAUAUAUGCAGAAGAUAGCUUAGACCGUAACCUUUUCUUAUUUU